AUGCGCUUCAGCCUUCGGCGGUCCCGUUCUUUGUGCCACGACAGAGGCUACCUUGUGACGCAGGAUGAGUUGGACCAGACUCUGGACGAGUUCAAGAGCCAGUUUGGGGACAAGCCGAGUGAAGGGCGCCGGCGGCGGACAGAUCUCACUGUGCUGGUCGCCCACAACGAUGACCCGACCGACCAGAUGUUCGUCUUCUUUCCAGAGGAGCCCAAGGUGGGAAUCAAGACUAUAAAGAUGUACUGCCAGCGCAUGCAGGAGGAAAAUAUCACACGUGCCUGUAUCGUGGUCCAGAUGGGGAUGACGCCUUCCGCCAAACAGUCGCUGGUGGACAUGGCACCCAAAUACAUCCUAGAGAAGUUUCUACAACAGGAGCUCCUCAUCAACAUCACAGAGCAUGAGUGAUGACAAAAGAAGAACUGUCAGAGUUGCUGCUUCGAUAUAAUCUGAAGGAGAGCCAGCUACCCAGGAUUCAAGCAGGAGACCCUGUG